AUGUCGGCCUCUCCGGGAUCGGCUGCGAAGCCAGAAAAGACCAUGUCGUCACGCCUGCUUACGAUGAAGUUCAUGCAGCGAGCUGCAGCAACUGCGGCCGCGAAAGAAGCGCAGACACCAGUAAGCGAAGAUGGGCAACGUACAACAAAGCGCCCAAGACUCUCGACCGAGGCUGCCAGUUCUUCCACUCAGUCGGAUCUUGAGGCUAUCUCGAAGGCGCUGGCUGCGGAGGAGGAGAAACGACGGGAGGCGACGGCACGAGCUGCGGCCGAGGCUGGUGAGAGUGAAUGGGUGCUGAACAUCCCUGUCACUACAAACUACGCUCCGCAACCUCUCGUAGUCGCAGCGGACUCGCUUGACGCUGAGGAUAGCGUUCUUCAAGGUGGCCGACGCGCGUACGGCAACUUCACACGCAAGAAGAAAACGCAGGAUGAGGACUCAGACGACUCCGAUGAUGAAGAUUUCGAUGACAUCAACCCAGCCAAUCCCGAGCAAGUUGAAGCCAUGAUCAAAAGAGCUGGCGAGAAGGCUAGAGCGAAGGAAUUGCGGAAACAGGAAAAGCUGAGGGCCAUGGCGAAGUCCGAAAAAGUCAAGCUAUCCGAGCUAAAGAGUAUUUCUGGCUCGCGCAAAGGCUCGGGCCCGGCACCCAAGAACGGCGGUGGCUCCAAGAAGAAGAAGAAGCGCAAGAAUUAG